AUGCGCGGGAGCCCUGGCCGGCUCUCCAGCCAGCCCAGCUGGGGCGCGAGAAAACGGCCUGCUGCAGGCUGCCCAACGGGCCAGCCCCGGGGCCCCGGCCCAUCCCUCGGGAAGGACGACAGGCGGCUGGUGGGGGAGAUCGCCUUCCAGCUGGACCGCAGGAUCCUGUCCAGCAUCUUCCCGGAGCGCGUGCGCCUGUACGGCUUCACCGUCUCCAACAUCCCCGAGAAGAUCAUCCAGGCCUCCCUGAACCCCCACAACCACAAGCUGGACGAGGACCUCUGCCAGACCCUCACGCAGCGCUACGUGAGCAUCAUGAACCGGCUGCAGAGCCUGGGCUACAACGGGCGCGUGCACCCCGCGCUGACCGAGCAGCUGGUCAACGCCUACGGCAUCCUGCGGGAGCGGCCCGAGCUGGCCGCGACCGAGGGCGGCGGCUACACGGUGGACUUCCUGCAGCGCGUGCUGGUGGAGACGGUGCACCCCAGCGUGCUCACGGACGCGCUGCUGCUGCUGUCCUGCCUCAGCCGGCUGGCGCACGACGACGGCAAGCCCAUGUUCAUCUGGUGACCGCCGCGCCGCAUUAAAGCUUCCACAGCCACUGGCCCCACUGGGGCGCCUGCACUGCCCGGGGCCUCUGGCCGGGCGCUGCCCUGGGGGGGCGGGCAGCGCCGUGGGCCGGCCGGCCGUGGGCUGACGGU